AUGGCGGGCGCGGCGGCAGCGGGAGGAGGCGGCAGCAGCGGCGGUGGGCCGGGACCGGGGCCGGGGCCGGGGCCGGUGGCGCAGGGGUUGAAGGAGGCGCUGGUGGAGACGCUGACGGGGAUCCUGUGCCCGGUGCAGGCGGUGCGCGCCGCCGCUGAGGAGCAGGUGAAGGUGCUGGAGGUGACGGAGGAAUUUGGUGUUCAUUUAGCAGAACUGACUGUAGAUCCCCAGGGAGCUCUGGCCAUCCGUCAGCUAGCAUCUGUCAUUUUGAAACAGUAUGUGGAAACUCACUGGUGUUCUCAGUCAGAAAAGUUUAGACCUCCAGAGACCACAGAAAGGGCAAAAGUUGCUAUUAGGGAGCUCCUACCCAAUGGGCUGAGAGAAUCGAUCAGCAAAGUGCGCUCGAGUGUUGCUUAUGCUGUUUCAGCAAUAGCCCAUUGGGACUGGCCUGAAGCCUGGCCUGAGCUUUUCAAUCUCUUGAUGGAGAUGCUGGUUAGUGGAGAUGUGAAUGCGGUCCAUGGAGCCAUGAGGGUGCUUACAGAGUUUACACGGGAAGUGACAGACACGCAGAUGCCACUUGUUGCUCCUGUUAUUCUUCCAGAGAUGUACAAAAUUUUCACAAUGGCAGAGGUGUAUGGUAUUCGCACAAGGUCACGUGCAGUGGAGAUAUUUACCACGUGUGCCCAUAUGAUCUGUAACAUGGAGGAAUUGGAAAAGGGUGCGGCCAAAGUCCUGAUUUUUCCUGUGGUGCAGCAGUUCACAGAGGCCUUUGUUCAGGCCCUGCAAAUUCCUGAUGGACCUACAUCAGACAGCGGGUUUAAGAUGGAAGUCUUAAAGGCUGUGACAGCACUUGUGAAAAACUAUCCGAAGCACAUGGUUUCGUCAAUGCAGCAGAUCCUGCCCAUUGUUUGGAAUACCCUUACAGAAAGUGCCGCCUUUUAUGUGAGAACAGAAGUAAAUUACACAGAAGAGGUGGAGGACCCUGUGGAUUCUGAUGGUGAAGUAUUGGGCUUUGAAAAUCUGGUGUUCAGCAUAUUUGAAUUUGUUCAUGCCUUGCUGGAAAACAACAAAUUUAAGAGCACAGUGAAGAAGGCUUUGCCAGAGCUGAUCUAUUACAUCCUCCUUUAUAUGCAGAUCACAGAGGAGCAGAUAAAAGUUUGGACCGCAAAUCCACAACAAUUUGUGGAGGAUGAAGACGAUGAUACUUUUUCCUAUACAGUGAGGAUUGCUGCACAGGAUCUGUUGCUGGCUGUGGCUGCUGAUUUCCAGAAUGAGAGUGCAACUGCUUUGGCUGCAGCAGCUACAAGACAUUUACAAGAAGCUGAGCAGGCUAAAACCAACGGUGCUGAGCACUGGUGGAAAAUACAUGAAGCUUGUAUGCUGGCCCUGGGCUCUGUGAAGUCUAUUAUUACAGACAGUGUGAAGAAUGGUAGAAUACAUUUUGAUAUGCAUGGCUUCCUGACAAAUGUUGUUCUUGCAGACCUCAACCUUUCAGUAUCUCCUUUUCUCCUGGGUCGUGCUCUGUGGGCCGCCAGCCGUUUUACAGUGGCUAUGUCUCCAGAACUAAUCCAGCAGUUCCUGCAAGCUACUGUCAGUGGUCUACACGAAACCCAGCCUCCUUCUGUCCGAAUCUCUGCAGUCAGAGCUAUCUGGGGCUAUUGUGACCAACUGAAGAUCUCAGAGAGCACCCAUGUGUUGCAGCCUUUCCUUCCUAGUAUUCUUGAUGGACUGAUCCACUUGGCAACUCAGUUCAGUUCAGAGGUCCUAAACCUUGUGAUGGAGACGCUGUGCAUUGUCUGUACGGUAGACGCAGCAUUUACAGCAAGCGUGGAGAACAAAAUCUGCCCCUUCACGAUUGCAAUAUUUCUGAAGUACAGUAAUGAUCCAGUUGUUGCUUCUCUUGCCCAAGAUAUCUUUAAGGAGCUAGCUCAGAUAGAAGCCUGCCAGGGUCCAAUGCAGAUGAGGCUAAUACCAACUCUUGUCAGCAUCAUGCAGGCCCCUGCUGACAAGAUCCCAGCAGGACUUUGUGCAACUUCUAUUGAUAUAUUGACCACAGUUGUGAGGAAUACAAAACCUCCUCUGUCCCAGCUCCUGAUCUGCCAAGCAUUCCCUGCAGUGGCUCAGUGCAGCUUGAACACAGAUGACAAUGCUACUAUGCAGAAUGGUGGCGAGUGUCUGCGUGCAUACGUCUCGGUGGCGUUGGAGCAAAUUGCACAAUGGCAUGAUGAGCAAGGCCACAAUGGACUGUGGUAUGUGAUGCAGGUGGUGAGCCAGCUUCUAGAUCCAAGGACCUCAGAAUUCACCGCUGCCUUUGUGGGCAGGCUGGUCUCCACUUUAAUUUCGAAAGCAGGAAGUGAGCUGGGAGAGAAUCUGGACCAGAUCCUGAGAGCUAUCCUGAGCAAAAUGCAACAAGCGGAGACGCUCAGUGUAAUGCAGUCCUUGAUUAUGGUGUUUGCUCACUUGGUUCACUCACAACUGGAACCACUCCUAGAGUUCCUGUGUAGUCUCCCCGGACCAACUGGCAAGCCUGCCUUGGAGUUUGUAAUGGCUGAAUGGAUGAGCCGGCAGCACUUGUUCUAUGGGCAAUACGAAGGCAAAGUCAGCUCUGUAGCAUUGUGUAAACUUCUUCAGUAUGGCAUCAACACAGAUGACAAGCGACUUCAGGACAUUAGGGUAAAGGGAGAAGAAAUAUUUAAUAUGGAUGAGGGAAUACGGACACGGUCAAAGUCGGCCAAAAAUCCUGAACGCUGGACAAACAUUCCUUUGUUAGUAAAAAUCUUAAAAUUAAUAAUAAAUGAACUCUCUAAUGCGAUGGAAGCAAAUGCAUCUAGACAGACAACUGCAGAUUGGAGCCAAGAUGAUUCCAAUGAUAUGUGGGAGGAUCAGGAAGAGGAUGAGGAUGAAGAUGAAGGCUUAGCAGGACAGUUCUUAUCAGAUAUUCUUUCCACAAACAAGUAUGAUGAGGAUUAUUAUGAAGAUGAUGAAGAGGACGAUCCAGAUGCAUUAAAGGACCCUCUUUACCAAAUAGAUCUCCAGGCCUAUCUCACCGACUUCCUCUGUCAGUUUGCACAGCAGCCCUGCUAUGCGAUGUUUUCAGACCACCUCAAUGAGAACGAAAAGCGAGUGUUACAGGCCAUUGGUAUAUAAACGCACUCAAGAGACCAUCCCGAUCAUAUCUGAACAAUUUUUUUUUUGGCUUAUUCCACGUUUUAUGAUUAAACAUAAAACAUUUUCCAGUGUCUACCUGCUUGUUACAGGUGGAUGAUGGCCUCGUUGCGAUGUAUUGAGCCUCAUCUUACCGUGAAUCUGCUAAGGGAAGGAAUACUAAGAAAACAGCAAGGACAGAAGUCUGUAGAGCUUUGCACAUUGGUCUCACCAUGGGAGCACUUUCAUUUUCCACAGUAACUUUCCAGGAAGUUCUUAAAGAUAAAAAAAAAUAAUGUGUCCUUAAUAUUUUUAAAAGCAAACUGUCUCUACCUGUGAAGAGGCACUUAACUGAGUUUCCCACAGCACAGUUGGACAGAGAAAGGAAUUGGGUCACUUACAGAUUGCUUGGAUGUAUCUUGAGAAAUUGGAAGGUUUCUUCGCGCUUGCAUAACACAUACAGGGUAAAUAUCUUGAUCUUACAGCGUGACUUCUUUUUAUAGAACUGUAGCCUCUCUUACCUGGGAUGCCAGAAUGGUAUGGAACCUGUUUACAGGAGUUUGGAUGGGAAGCUGAGACAAUAAAACUGAAUGCAUAUCUUCUUUCCUGUUGUGGAUGGGGCUUUGUCGCUCACAUCUGCUGUCUAGUCCCAUGGGAGCAGUUCUUUACUAAUGCUUUUGUGUGCACAUGCUCAAAGGAAGCUACCACUUAAAUUUCUGUUCCUGUGGCAUGUGGCUACUAAAGACUUUGGUUUUACAGAACAGAAGGAGCCACAAUUUUUAGGGAAAAAAAACCUGAUUGUAUUUAACAUAUUUGCUCCAUGACAGCCACUCUGAACAACUUUGCUUCCUUCACACUCCUGUGUGUAUUUUUAUAGAGUGGUAAAAUAACAUUUGCAAAUUGAUUUACCCAUAAGAACAGCGUGAUGUAUCUCACAACACCUCUCUGCCUUUGGUUCCCCCUUGGGGAAAAUGAAAAUAAAACUAUUAAAAUGUA